GAGGCAAGAUUUAAGGAGGCCGGCUUCCAGUCAACGCCUGUGCGGGGCGACACGACCCGGAUCACACGUAGCAGAACUUGAGACACAUCGAUCACGUAUUAGCGGAUGUUGGAGGGACAAUGUGAAGACUUGCAGCGACUAGCGGCGCUGUUGCUGGAAAGCUCGAAGACAAGCGGGGAAAGAUGGCGAGGAGGCGCAUCCACACGCUCCUCGCUUCGCUUCUGCUGGGACUUUUCCUCCUCCGUAUGUCGGUAAAAGGAGUGCAACAAGAGGAGCAGGAGGAGGAGGGUGAGGAGGAAAGGUCCUGUCAGGGCGCUUUCGACCUCUACUUUGUCCUCGACAAAUCUGGAAGUGUGAAGCAUCACUGGAUAGAGAUUUACUCUUUUGUGGAGCAGCUGGCAGAGAAAUAUAUCAGCCCCAUGUUGAGAAUGUCCUUCAUCGUCUUCUCCACACAUGGCAAAAUCAUCAUGGAGUUAACUGAGAACAGGGAGGCCAUCACUGGAGGACUCAGAGCUCUAAAAAGUGUGAUUGCGGGAGGAGACACAUUUAUGAACCUUGGCCUGGAGAUGGCAAAUGCACAGAUAUAUCAAGAGAAUCAAGGGACAGCCAGUGUUAUCAUCGCGUUGACUGACGGGGAGCUGAACGAGUGGCAGUUUGACACGGCUCAACGAGAGGCUCAGAGGGCCAGGUCUAUGGGAGCCAUUGUUUACUGUGUAGGGGUCAAAGAGUUUAACCAGACCCAGCUUGCGACCAUUGCGGACACUAUGGAACAUGUGUUUCCUGUGUUGGGGGGCUUCCAAGCCCUCAGGGGAAUCAUUGAUUCGAUCAUCAAGAAGUCCUGCAUUGAGAUCCUCGCAGCUGAGCCAUCCAGUGUGUGUGCAGGAGAGAGCUUUCAGGUGGUGGUGAGAGGAAAUGGUUUUCUCCAUGCCAGAAAUAUUGACCAGGUCCUCUGCAGCUUCAAACUAAAUGACACACACACUGUAGAUGAGAGACCAGCCGGAAUAGAGGAUACAUUCCUUCUCUGUCCUGCUCCUGUUAUCGAAGAGGCGGGGAGGGUGAUCUACCUGCAGGUGAGCAUGAAUGAGGGCAUCUCCUACAUCACCAGCUCGGUUCACAUCACAACUACUGAAUGUUUUGACGGCACCAUCGUGCUGAUUUCACUGCUGGUGGUGUUCUUGCUGUUGGCCCUGCUGCUUAUGUGGUGGUUUUGGCCUCUCUGCUGCACUGUGGUCAUCAAAGAACCUCCCCCACCACCUCCCCCAGAACCUGAAUCGGACGAUGAAGAUGGGAUGCCCAAAAAGAGGUGGCCUACAGUGGAUGCUUCUUACUACGGAGGACGAGGAGUGGGGGGCAUUAAACGCAUGGAGGUGCGCUGGGGAGAGAAGGGCUCCACUGAGGAAGGUGCGAAGUUGGACAAACCAAAAAACGCUGUCGUCAAGAUGCCAGAGCAGGAAUUUGAGCCUUAUGAGCCCAAGCCUCGCAAACCCAACCGCCGGCCCACCCAGCAGAGGAGGUGGUACACGCCCAUUCAGGGGAAGCUAGACGCUCUGUGGGCUCUGUUUAGAAGAGGCUACGACCAAGUCUCUCUCAUGCGGCCUCACCCUGGAGACCAGGGUCGCUGCAUUCGCUUCCACAGGGUCAAAGAAGGAGAGUCGGCCACCUACGCCCGUGCCGCCCCCCGUGCACCCCCCUCUCCUCCCUCGUCGCCCCUUCCCACCGCUCCCCUUCCCCCCGCGCCCGCCGAGCAGCGACCCCUGGUCUCCAACUCGGUCCCCCGCACCAAGCCCCCGUCCAGAGGGCCCCGUGCCACGCCUCCAUCACGCACGCCCCCUCCCGGGCCGCCCCCAUCCCGUGCACCCCCGCCUUCCAGACCCCCUCCUAGGCUGUGAUGAUGAUGAUGAUGAUGAUGAUGAUACACGUGGUCCAACUCUUGCAAGCCUGUGGGCUUUGUUGCUGGACAGCAAAAACAUACUAUAUUUAUCCUCACAUGCAAAUCAGCCACAUGUUGUUACUUUAGUACUCACAUGGUGACUAAUAGAAAUAAGAAAGCUUGUAGAAGUGUAAGGAUCCAUGUUAGAUUCUAGAACAGGGCUGGUGAACCUAUAUGACCUUUGGGUGAGAGGCGGGGUAACCAUUCACUCCUACAAUUUAAAGUCUUCAAUGAAGCUAACAUGCAUGUUUUUGGAACGUGGGAUAGAUUUGAACCAAGAACCUCAGAACUGCGAGGUGCUAACCACUAAGCCACCAUGCUGCUCAAUGCUUAUAAUAUACUGUAUAAGAAUAAAGAAUAGUAUUGUUGCAUGACAGUAUGGCCUCUCACAGCAAAAUGGUUCCCCACCCAUGUUCUAGAAUGUAGACUUUGUCUGUAGACUUUGCUUUUGGUUUUAUUACAGGAGAUUGUAAUUUCUUUUUUUAAAUACAGGAAUGGGCGAGUACUGAUACCAGGUAUCUGGCCGAUACUGGCCUUAUUUCAAGGUAGCCGGUACUUGUGAAGGCUGCUGAUACCAAGCACCUAUACAUACGACACAAAAAUCUGACAAUAAAUUCACUUCGCCAGUAGUUGGCGCCACACUGUGCCCGGUUGACACAUUGGCGAACCAUCAUGUGAGUCGGAAAGAAAGGAAUAUAUUUGUUCACAAUUAUCUGUCAUUGUGUUAAUUGAAAUUUUAUGUUGCAAAAGUACUGGUGGUGUCAGUACUAGGUAUCAGUGAAUACUCAUACCUGUAUCGUUCUGAAUGGGGGUAUCCAACAUCCAUCAAAUAAUAAUUGAGCAUUGUAAUUAAAAGAUUUUUGAAUUUUUUUGGGGGAAAAAUGUAGACUACCUUCCGAGUUGCUUCAAAUUAGGCCCAUGGUCCUAUUUACAUUUCACAACCUGCUAAAAUUAUUUUUGCAACUGCAGGGCAGUUUCUACAGAUUUUAUUUAUUUUAUUAGCCUUGGCUGAGUUCAACACUAGGGCCUUUCUUUUUCGGGGAAUG